AUGACUUACGCAGUCCAGCCCAUUCCCCCGCAAAGGAGUAGUUCGUUGCAGAGCACACCCACCAUUUCCUCCUCUUCACCGAAUACUUCGGCACAUACAGCAACGCAAUCUUCAUCAAAGGAUAUCAGUACUUACCGCAGGCGGAAGGCUACGAUGUUUGAGGGGUAUGCGCUUGGACAGACCUUGGGGGAGGGUGAGUUCGGGAAGGUGAAGUUGGGGUGGUGGAAGGGGGUUGAUACGGAGAGGAGGGUUGGGUUACCUGAGGGUGCGCAGGUCGCUAUUAAACUCAUCAGGCGUGAUACUCUGACCACAGCCGCUCGUGCCGCCAAGGUCCAGCGCGAGAUCGAUGUUCUCAGCCGCGUAAAGCGACAUCCUAACAUUGUCACCCUCCACGACGUCCGCGAGACAAGCAAAUACAUCGGUAUCGUCCUCGAAUACGCAUCCGGUGGCGAACUCUUCGAUUACAUUCUCAAGCAACGAUACCUCAAAGAUGCCGUUGCCUGCGGACUGUUCGCACAGCUCAUCUCGGGUGUUGGGUAUCUGCAUUCAAAGGGUAUCGUGCACCGUGAUUUGAAGUUGGAGAAUCUGUUGUUGGAUCGGAAUCGGAAUAUCAUUAUUACCGAUUUUGGGUUCGCGAAUACGUUCAAUGUGGAGGAGGUCUCUGACGACAAGGAGGAUGAACUCAAACUCUCCCGAUGUGGGAUUAAGGGAAGGGGUGAUUUGAUGGCUACGAGUUGUGGAAGUCCGUGCUAUGCGGCGCCUGAACUCGUGGUCAGUGAUGGACUAUACACGGGAAGGAAGGUCGAUGUAUGGAGUUGUGGUGUCAUCUUGUACGCUAUGCUUGCGGGGUAUCUGCCGUUCGACGAUGACCCGGCGAAUCCGGAGGGUGAUAACAUCAACCUUCUCUAUCGGUAUAUUGUGUCGACACCGCUUACGUUCCCUGAGUAUGUCACCCCUGUUGCCCGUGAUCUCCUGAGAAAGAUCUUGGUGCCGGAUCCGAGGAAAAGGGUCACGCUUCGACAGGUUGCUGAGCAUCAGUGGUUGGAGAAGCAGAAGGCAACCCUCGAACCAGUCCUGAAUCCGAGAUCUAGUCUUCAGGUUGCUGCGCCGAAUAGUGCGUUUAUGAACCGGAGUGUAUCGGAUCGUGGAGGCCCUGUGCCGCAUACGCAGUCUGCACUCGCUGCGAACCCUCAAACAAAGUUCCUUAUUCCUUCGCCUGCGCGGCAUAAUAGUGUCGCGUUGCCUGCUGUGCCUAGAAGGGUUGGGACGGGAAGUAGCGAGAGUGAGGAGACGAAGGGACAGAUGUUGCCGCCGCCUGCGCCAAAGAGGCAUACAGUGCAAGUCGAGUACGAUAAGCCUGAGGGAGCGGUGGCACAUUCGCACCAUUCGCCGAGGAAGACAAAUCUGGCGUUGCCUUCUGCGCCAGCGUUGGUGAGGAGUGUUACGGAUGCUGGGUUGGUGACGCAUAGUCCGUUGGCUACGAGUGUGCCGAAUCCAGCCUCCAUUGCACCGGCUGAGUCUGCGUCCACGGCGAAGGCCAGGCCGGAUAGUGCUAGUUCGGGGAGUGUGAGGGGAGGGAGUAGACUCCCUGUCCCUUCGGCGAAGCCUAGGCCCACGAGUAUGCAGAUCCCCAUGGGAAUUGGGAUUACAGAGUUCGAUGAGUUAGAUGAGGCGUUGGCGUUUGCUGGGCAAGCACUCGCCACCACUUCGAGUGCGAAUGGUAGCGUGACGAGUCGACCGGGGAGUAGGGCGGGGCAGUCGAGACCGGGAAGUGCGUAUGGCAGGAUGAAUUCGUAUACGCAGCGUACACCGGCUGUGCCGAGAGCCAGUGUCGCGCAUGUCGAGGCGGAGUUCUUUAAGUUGCCCACCGUCGCGGCCAGCCCGGGCGGGAGUCCGACGAAACCGACGAUUCCGAAGGGGCAUAAGAAGGGUGCGGUGUCGAUUUCGCUUGGGGCUGAGAGGGUGUUUGGGAGGUUUGGGUGGGGAAGUACGCCGACGAGUCCGAAAGUUAAUGGGUCGAGCCCGAUGCCGACGCCGGUGUCUCAACCGAUUGGGAGUCCGCUUGUUCCGACGACGAGUUUGGAGUUGAGGAUGGAGAGUAUGCAUAUUAAAGCUGCUUCGUCGCCUGGACCAGAACGUGCGCAAGGGACUGUUCUGCCACAGCCGGCUGUGCUUAAUACCCCGGUACAGACCCGGGCUAGCCCGGUUAAUAAGAACGCGAGUCCGAAGCUGGCGAAGUCGAGUAACUCUAGUCCGGCGAGCCAGACGAAGAGGCGUACGAUUGGGGCCUUUUCGUUUGGUAUGAGGAGUUCGAGCCAGAAUUCGGGGAUGUCGAAGCUUGCGAAUGGGGAGUCUCCGAAGGGGAACCCCGGUACUCCCCCUCGUGGAUCUGCAAUCCCGAGGAGUGUGACGCAGCCUGCGAUGAUGAACAAUUUGUUGCAGGAUUCGGCGACGAAUGGGAACCAGAAUGUUGGUAGCCCGAGUCCGAACUCGAAGGUGGCGAAAGGGAGGGGGGACAAGAAGUUCACCUCGGAUGCUUCUGCGCAGAGGAGUGGGAGUAGUGGUGCGGCGAGGAGAGUGAUGGAUUUCUUUAGGAUGAGGAGUCGUGCGAAGAAUGGGCUCUAG